UACGCCAUAUUGAAUCACCGUAGACUUCUGCUAGCGAUUUUCAGCUAGCUGUUUGAAAAGGACCGGUCUUCUAAUGGUCUUCAUUUGGCGUUACCAUUUAUCUCUGUCUUUGUAACACGGGUUAUUAUCACAUUUCUUUAGUCAGGGCAGUAGUGUAUUUUUAACGGGCACAUUGAUUUGCUUGAAGGGGGUUCCGAAAAAAAGUUGAAUGGAUCCGAGGGUGGCUUGGAAUCAGCCCGAGCAGAAAGGACCUGCGAACGCAUCAUGGAUGCGAAUCUGGGAGAUUUCUCAGGUACGAGCGACCUCCGGUCAACAUCAUAAUAAUCAGAACCACAACCUGUGUGUGAAUUAUCCAACGUUGGACGUUUAUAAAAAUGUUGCGGCAUCGAGCAAUAGCAUUAACACCACUGCUAGUCUGAGCAGCAGCCAUCACUGUAUUUCAAACCGUACUACUAAUCACGGCACUUCAUUUGCCUCCUUCGGGUCAACGUUACCCAAAGGCAACGUACAGAACAUAUUGACCCCGUCCAACGCGAACGGUAACAGUGUAACGACAGAUUUGUUGGGAGACAGUGGAAUGCCCCAAAAGACGGAAUCUGGAACGGACAGUCCAUCUUCGAACUGCUCGUUGGGAAGGACUUGCGGUGGCAAUGUAACGGGAAAUAGUAAUAAAAGCCCUGGAAGUGCCAAUCUGUUUUUUAGCUUCAGCGAAAGCAUGCAUAAUAAUGUCAACCAAUUCCACCACCAUCAAAGGCAUCAUCAGGAUCACCCCCAGUACAAUUUCCAACAUAAUUGUGUGAAGCGUCACCCACCAUCACCCUUAAAUAACCACACUCACCAUCCAGGCCGAAGGAAAAGUGACAACAAGGCGAGCACCUAUGGGAUUAAUUACUUGCUUUCUAACUGGACUAAUGACAACCAUGUUAGCUCGGGGACUGGAACUCCUUGGAAGACGAGGAAAUACAGCCCCGGUGUUGAUGGUCUCCAUGAGGAGGUGGUAGACUUCUACAACUUCAUGUCUCCCCAACCCGAGGAGGCUUCUAUGAGGAAGGAGGUGGUCAACAGAAUCGAGACGGUCAUCAAGGAGCUGUGGCCUACUGCUGAUGUGCAGAUAUUUGGCAGCUUCAGCACUGGACUCUACCUACCCACAAGUGACAUAGACCUGGUGGUGUUUGGGAAGUGGGAACGCCCCCCUCUGCAGCAAUUGGAACAGGCCCUCCGGAAACACAACGUGGCGGAACCUUUCUCCAUCAAAGUGCUGGACAAAGCUACAGUGCCAAUCAUCAAGCUGACUGACCAGGAGACAGACGUCAAAGUGGACAUCAGCUUCAAUGUGGAGACGGGAGUCAAAGCUGCUCUCUUCAUCAAGGACUACACAAAGAGGUAUCCCGUGCUGCCUUACCUGAUCUUUGUGCUGAAGCAAUUUCUGCUCCAGAGAGAUCUCAACGAGGUGUUCACUGGAGGAAUCAGCUCCUACAGCCUCAUCCUGAUGGUCAUUAGCUUCCUCCAGCUCCACCCAAGAAUUGACGCCAGUAGCCCCAACAUCAACCUUGGCAUCCUGCUGAUUGAGUUCUUUGAGCUGUACGGCCGCCAUUUUAAUUACCUGAAGACGGGCAUCCGUGUCAAGAACGGAGGGGCCUACAUGGCCAAGGAGGACAUGACGAAGGUUAUGACCAACGGCUACAGACCCUCCAUGCUCUGUAUAGAGGACCCACUGAUGCCAGGUAACGACGUUGGCAGGAGUUCGUACGGAGCCAUGCAAGUCAAGCAGGUGUUUGACUACGCUUACAUCGUCCUUGGUCACGCCGUGUCACCACUAGCACGCUCCUACCCCAAUAAGGACAUCGACAGCACUUUGGGGAGGAUAAUCAAGGUGACCCAGGAAGUGAUUGACUACAGGAAGUGGAUCAUGACGAAGUGGGGAGGAAGGCACCUCGCCCGCAUGGAGAGCCGUGGUUCUGUCCUGGAGCAGGACCCAGCACGGUGUGUGUUGGGUGUAGGUGUGGAGGAGCAGAGGGACUCUGUCUCCCCUCACAGUGCAGACUCCCCCAUGUCCCUGUCCAGUCCUCACCAACACUCCUCAGCCUCCUCGGUCUCCUCUCUGUCCGGGUCAGACAAUGACUCUGAUUCGACGCCAUGCCCUGGCCGCCCUCCGGCGCUGCCCCCCUACACCCUCCAGUCUCUGGGUAUGACUCUACCCCUGGGCCUGGCACUGGGCAAGACUGGCAUCAACCAGCAGCACCUCAUCAUGUCCCCUGGCUCACAGGCGUGUAUGUCUUUGCCCAGUGGCCUGACGAUGCACUCCUUACCUGUCAGACAGGUGGGUAUAGACAUGACCCCCCCUACCCACCACCCUGCCCACCAUAACCCUCAUGCCCCCUCCAACCCCCAGCCUCUGUCCAGCCCCCACCCCACCAGCCACACACACCAGAAGUUUCACGUGAAAGGCUUCCACAAUCCAGCUGUGGUCCACAGUCCCGCCCUGGCCAACCGCGCCCACACGCACCCUCUCACACACGCCCACACACACUCACACACGCAGUACCGCAACACCUGGCGCCGUCGGAAGAGGGACAGCCUGCCAGUAAGCCUGAGCAGAUAAAGGAUAAAACAUCCCCCGUUUCCUCUCCUCCCUUCAUCCCUCUCUCAUUCUGACUGAUUGGGAAGACAACUUCAUGAGACAAUGCUCCCUGCUGUUCAACUUGGAGGACAGGCAGGCAGAGGCACCAGACCAGCAUUGGGAUUCAUUCAACACUUUGGGCUGCUGAACUUUGGCCCCAAGGAGGGAAAGAAGUGUAGCUCUGGGAAAACUCUUUCUCCAUCACUCAUCCUCUCCCCAUUUGUGCAUGUUUUUUACUGCGCAAUGAACCAACGGCCAACGAUACGGGAACGAGCAGUGCGACUAGCAAACAGAACGCAGCGCAACCCAACGUGCAUUCUGACCCCAGAACUUUUCCGCAGCUCUCCAGUCUCCAGUCGCUUCCUGUUUGGGAUCCACCUUUUUGUUUUGUUUUCGUUAAUGUUUAUUGUUCACAUUAAUAUUUUUAAAAAUUGCGCUUUGCCCUUUUUCACAUACGUUCAAGGAGACUGAGGAUAGUGACAUCUUUGCCAGGUGGAAGUAGCGAAAGACCAGUGUCGUAUUGUAAAUGGAGUUUAUUUGAUUUUUUUUGACUGGGUUGCGUUGUGAAGGCCUUUGUCCUUGAACCCUGUAGCCAAGCUGUAUCUUAUUCAGUGUUCACACAAUGGACGGUUUCUAAUUUGUGCAAUAAUGUGUUCAAAUUUUUUUUUUUUAUCUUAUCAAUCUUUAUUUAAUUGUAUUAUUUGUGUAUGUAAAGGUAUUUUGGUGUUACGUUUUUAAGAUUGUAGGUUUUUUUUUUUUGCCAAGAGUUUACAGAACCUUUACCCAGAUGGCCUCCGGUCUGGAGAGUGUGUGACGGAGUGUGUGUCUGUGUCAAGAGUGUGUGACGGAGUGUGUGUCUGUGUCAAGAGUGUGUGUCAAUUGGUGAGUUGUGUGUAUCUUGUUGGUGUCAAAGUAUAGUUGAACCCCCCCCAUGGGUGUUUUAGAAUGUGUGAAAAGGAAGAAUCAGAAGGAGCUAAGUGGCUUCAGACUACUGCAAUGCAACCUCUAUUGUUGACAGGUUAAACAUCUGUAAUCUCACAUUGUCUCACUAGAUGGAGCUCUUACUAUAGCAGAGUCACAGCGGACUGACUGAGCUCUUACUAUAGCAGAGUCACAGCGGACUGACUGAGCUCUUACUAUAGCAGAGUCACAGCGGACUGACUGACUGAGCUCUUACUAUAGCAGAGUCACAGUGGACUGACUGACUGAGCUCUUACUAUAGCAGAGUCACAGCGUACUGACUGAGCUCUUACUAUAGCAGAGUCACAGCGUACUGACUGAGCUCUUACUAUAGCAGAGUCACAGCGUACUGACUGAGCUCUUACUAUAGCAGAGUCACAGCGGACUGACUGAGCUCUUACUAUAGCAGAGUCACAGCGGACUGACUGAGCUCUUACUAUAGCAGAGUCACAGCGGACUGACUGAUCUCUUACUAUAGCAGAGUCACAGCGGACUGACUGAGCUCUUACUAUAGCAGAGUCACAGCGGACUGACUGAGCUCUUACUAUAGCAGAGUCACAGCGGACUGACUGACUGAUCUCUUACUAUAGCAGAGUCACAGCGGACUGACUGACUGAGCUCUUACUAUAGCAGAGUCACAGCGUACUGACUGAGCUCUUACUAUAGCAGAGUCACAGCGGACUGACUGACUGAGCUCUUACUAUAGCAGAGUUAAAGUGGACCUACUGACUGACUGAUCUCUUACUAUAGCAGAGUCACAGCGGACUGACUGACUGAGCUCUUACUAUAGCAGAGUCAAAGUGGACCUACUGACUGACUGAUCUCUUACUAUAGCAGAGUCAAAGUGGACCUACUGACUGACUGAUCUCUUACUAUAGCAGAGUCACAGUGGACUGACUGACUGAGCUCUUACUAUAGCAGAGUCACAGCGGACUGACUAAGCUCUUACUAUCGCAAAGUCACAGUGGACUGACUGACUGAGCUCUUACUAUAGCAGAGUCACAGUGGACUGACUGACUGAGCUCUUACUAUAGCAGCGUCACAGUGGACUGACUGACUGAGCUCUUACUAUAGCAGAGUCACAGUGGACUGACUGACUGAGCUCUUACUAUAGCAGAGUCACAGUUGACUGACUGACUGAGCUCUUACUAUAGCAGAGUCACAGUGGACUGACUGACUGAGCUCUUACUAUAGCAGAGUCACAGUGGACUGACUGACUGAGCUCUUACUAUAGCAGAGUCACAGUGGACUGACUGACUGAGCUCUUACUAUAGCAGAGUCACAGUGGACUGACUGAGCUCUUACUAUAGCAGAGUCACAGUGGACUGACUGACUGAGCUCUUACUAUAGCAGAGUCACAGUGGACUGACUGACUGAGCUCUUACUAUAGCAGAGUCACAGUGGACUGACUGACUGAGCUCUUACUAUAGCAGAGUCACAGUGGACUGAGCUCUUAGUCACACCCAAUACCAUAGCUGUUGUUUUUAAAACCCUUAUCUUUAUUUGGUGCUUGUGCGUGCGUGUGUGUGUGUCAGUCAUAGGAGGACUUAGUCACCUAACGUUUGUGCCAUUUUCGCUACUCAGUCCUAUUGUAGAGUAGGGCUGAAAACUCUUCCCCAUUGCAGGAGUUUGGCACAAGGCCAAAUGCAUAUUGUAUGCUCCAGGUGUGUUUCUGUUGGUGUAUGUCUGUCAUUUUUUAAAGAUGUGCAUGGUAUGGAGGUGGAGUUAGAUGAAGGAAUAGCAAAAAUGACCUGAAGAUUGGUGAGUGGUGUGAAAUGGCAACUUACCCCCUAUGUCAAGUAGUGAACUACAUAGGGGAUAGGGUACCAUUUUAGACAUGCCCUAAAAGACUAGGUGCUCUAAAGGCCAAAGGGUCUUUCUUCUUAGCAUGGGAGAAAGUUCUGGAGACCUCUGGACAGUGGAGGAAAAGGAAUCAUUUUGAUUCCAUUCUGGAAUCUAGUGUAUAUUUGAUUGCCAAGUACUUCCGCUAGUUGUUUGUCUUUUCUUUGUGUUUAAUUGUGUGUGUGUGUGUGUGUCUCGUCUCUGCAAGUAUAUAGCCCCACACACACACAUACGAGUGACUGUGUGUGGCUGAGGCUCAGCGCGGUAGCUACACACUGAACAUAUGAUGUUAUUACUAUGCAAGUGGGUUAUUUUUGAGUGCCCCAGUAUUUCUGUUUCCAAUGACAACCACUGCUUCUUGGAUCGGAGUGCCGUUACUGUAAACUCCAGUUUGAACGACUAGGCCUGUAAUUUGUGGGCUAGGCUAGAUGGUGGUUAGCCAGCCUCAGCCCAGUUACAAGUGAACCACAGAACUCUGUCUUUGUAUGCAAGUCCUGAUGUUUUAAAAGUCUAGUUUUGUAUUUCUAUCUGGCAGAAAGUCUAUGGAAGGGGGUGUGUGUUUAAGUGGUUGGGUAUCUGUAUGUCUGGCUUGUCUGAGCGAAUAGCAAGACUGUUUUUUUUCUUUUUUCAAAUGACACCCCAUUCUCUAUAUAGCACAUGCUAUUGUACUCUAGUGCUGUUCUAAAGUAGUGCCCUAAUAUAGGGGUUAGGGUGUCAUUUGAGUGCACAUGAGGAGCGACUUGCACUCUGUAGUGGAUGACUUCAUACCCUUCCUAGUGCACUAGAGUCCUCUACCCUUCCUGAGACUGUGUUAGGUGCCAACGUCACUCUCUGUAAUGUUACUAUAGCAACUUUUAACCACCAAUCAAAACUCGACCUGGCCAAUAUAUCACCUUUGACAGGGUCGUCGGCCCCAAAUGGCAUCCUGUUCUGAAUGUAUUGCACUACUUUUGAUUAGAUCUUUGUAGUGUCUUGUGGAAGGUAGCUGGGCUAUAUAGGACAUAGGGUGCCAUUUGGGACUCAAGCUGUGUCUGCUAUUUAGAGAAUAGAACCAUCACCUGUCAAAGAGAUGAGCUCAAACACUAUCUCUGGUUGGGGAUUUGUCAAGCCUGUCAGUUGUCCACCAUUUUUACAGAUUCUAUUAAGACUGAAAUGCAGUGUGACGUCUGUAUGGAUUCAACUCUGUGUGCAUCCCAAUGGUCUACACAAGCUUCCUCCCCUCAUGUCCUUCAUCUGAUCUAAAAGAAAUUGGAACAGGUAAAAGCCAAUCCUUUGGUAGAUCGGAGAGAUGUGGAGGAGAGGAAGCCUCUUUAGACCAUUGAGAACAAGAAACACAUGUACACAUAGAUGCAAUGUAAUGCACUCCAUUGCAUCACAAUGAGGGAUUUUAAACUUAACGGCCGCCAUUUUGUGAAAGGUGGCGGCUCUUCUGUCAUGGCCAACUCAUCUGAAGAGGAACUCCUAAAAUGGUCGCCAAACUAGCGGCGGUCACGUAGUGACAGCCUGGCUUUUGUUUUGAACUUCUUUUUUUAUGUACCAGUAUAUUUUUUUCUAUUUUAUUUUUUAUUAAACAUCAUAAAACUGCCAGUUA